UUGCAAAACAGCAAUGUCACAGAACUGACCACAUUCAUCACAAUAUGGAGUCUGGAGAGCGAUUAACGUCGUCAUCCGUCUCCUCUACUGCAGCUGCUUCAACUCCAGCAUCUUCUACACCAUCUGUAGCUUCAGCAGUAUCGAAAGGUGGCCUUUCCACUGGAGCUGCAUCACUGAGUUCCACAAUCAACACAUGCGGGCAUACAUUCAGAACAGCUGGGGAUCAGCUGUGUAAGCUGUCCACUGUAUCGAGUGCCUUCCCAGUGUUCAGUCACCCAGUCUUUGGUCCGUAUGCAGCCAGUUCACGGUAUGCAGAGUUUGGUGGCUUGGGAACACUUGGUACACCCACAGCCUUAGCAGCACAUCCCCAGCUAGCAUCUUUUCCAGAAUGGUGGCGAACAGCGGAUACACACUCUCGUCACGGGGCAGCUUUUUUCCCACCGCUCUUGGGAAUUCCACCACUGUUUGCACCUCCUGCACAGAAUCAUGAUUCUGCUUCAUUCCACUCAAGAACUACAGGAAAAAGUAAUCGGAGCAAUACAGAAAAAGGUAUAAAUGGAUCACUGAAUGGGAACAGUACCACUGCAGUAUCUGGUAUCAGCACAUCUGUACUAUCCACUAGCAUUGCAACAUCUGCAGGACAAGUGAAAGCUAUAACGUCAGGAGCAGGAGGCCGCAAAUACAACCAGGAGCAAAGCAAAGUUCAGCUUUUGGACACCAGAGCUGACAAAAUCAAAGAUAAGAAGCCCAGAAAAAAAGCAGUGGAAAGCUCUAGUAACAGCGACAGUGAUUCGGGGUCCUCUUCAGACACCUCAAGUGAAGGCAUAAGUAGUAGUGACUCUGAUGAUCUAGAGGAGGAUGAAGAGGAGGAGGAGGACCAGAGUGCUGAAGAGAGUGAAGAUGAUGAAUCUGAUUCUGAAAACGAAGCACAUCACAAAACCAAGAACAAGGUGCUAAUGCAUAGUGGCGUAACAGAUAUGAAAACUGAUGGACAAAAACAACAUGAAAAGUCCCAAGAAAAAAGAACACACCAGCAGAUACCUCUUGUGUCUGAUUCCCAGACUCACUCAUCAUUCCAGUCCCAGCAGAAGCAGCCUCAGGUUUUGUCACAGCAGCUUCCGUUUAUUUUCCAAAGCUCUCAGGCAAAGGAGGAAUCUGUGAACAAACACACAAGUGUAAUACAGUCUACGGGAUUGGUUCCCAAUGUGAAACCUUUGUCUUUGGUACAUCAAGCCAAAAAGGAAACCUAUUUAAAACUCAUAGUUCCUUCCCCUGAUCUACUCAAAGCAGGGAAUAAAAAUACCUCUGAAGAAUCUCUCUCUUUGACCAGCGAUGUAAGAUCAAAACGGGAACAAUGUAAACAGACAUUCCCAGCAGCACAGCUAAAGAAACAGGAAUCAUCUAAGAACCUGAAGAAGGUUAUUGCAGCUUUGUCAAGCCCCAAACCAACAUCUAGUUCACCAGCUCAUCAAAAACUCACAUCCUUGGAAAACAACCAUUCUAAUCCAUUCCUGACAAAUGCACUUUUAGGUAAUCACCAACCCAAUGGAGUUAUUCAGAGCGUCAUCCAGGAGGCUCCUCUUGCACUUACUACGAAACUGAAAUCCCAGACCAAGAUCAAUGAAAGUGUAGCCAUUUCUAGUAGUGCCCCCUUUUCUUUGCCGGUAAACUUGAGUGCAUGUGGGAAAAAACCAACUGGUAACCGGACACCUGUUAUGCCCUCUACCUCUCCUGUGUUACCUUGUUCAGGAAAGGAUAAAACAGUCAGCAAUAAUGCAGUAAAUGCAGUAAAAACACAACACCGCCUUCAUUCUGCAAAACUGGUGGUGGAGCAGUUCAGAGGGCUAGACUCAGAUGCCCCCAGCAGUAAGGACUCUGACGACUCAAAUGAUGAUGACGACGACGAUGAAGAUGAAGAUGAGGACGAUGAAGAUGAUGAUUCUGAUGAUAGCCAAUCAGAGUCUGACAGUAAUUCUGAGUCAGAUACAGAAGGGUCUGAGGAUGAAGAUGAUGAGGAUGAUAAAGAUCAAGAUGAAUCGGAUACAGACACUGAGGGAGAGAAAACUCCACUGAAGCUGAAUAAAACUUCGUCCUCUGUGAAGAGCUCUUCCACUGGUCUUGCAGCUCAUUCCACCCCACUUAACCUCCAAGUAGCAAAGACCCCAAGCUCUGCACCAGCUGCCUUAUGUCCUGAGUCCCAGCCUGCGGUUUUUCUUGGGACAGCACCAUCUACUCUUACACCAAGUACACACUGUGGUAUUUCAAAAAGACGAAGAGUAACAGAUGAACGGGAGCUGCGUGUGCCUCUUGAAUAUGGCUGGCAAAGAGAAACCCGAAUAAGAAACUUUGGUGGUCGUCUUCAAGGAGAAGUAGCAUAUUUUGCACCUUGUGGAAAGAAGCUGAGACAGUAUCCUGAAGUAGUAAAGGGUGUGCAGUGGUGUCUUCUGAAGGAAGAGGAAGUCAUUCCCCGUAUCAGAGCUAUGGAAGGGCGUAGAGGACGACCACCAAAUCCAGACAGACAGCACUCUAGAGAGGAGUCAAGAAUGAGACGACGCAAAGGCCGACCUCCGAAUGUUGGUAGCACUGAAUUUCUAGACAACACCGACGCAAAGCUUUUAAGAAAGCUCCAGGCUCAAGAAAUAGCUAGGCAAGCAGCACAAAUAAAGCUACUGAGAAAACUCCAGAAGCAGGAACAAGCUCGAGCUGCCAAAGAAGCGAAAAAACAGCAAGCUAUUAUGGCAGCUGAAGAAAAGCGAAAGCAAAAGGAGCAGAUAAAGAUAAUGAAGCAGCAGGAAAAAAUUAAGCGAAUCCAGCAAAUCAGAAUGGAGAAAGAACUUCGAGCUCAGCAAAUUUUAGAGGCAAAAAAGAAAAAGAAGGAAGAAGCAGCAAAUGCCAAAUUACUGGAGGCCGAAAAACGAAUAAAGGAAAAAGAGAUGCGAAGGCAGCAAGCUGUUCUUCUGAAACACCAGGAACGAGAAAGGAGAAGACAACAUAUGAUGCUUAUGAAAGCCAUGGAAGCACGUAAAAAAGCAGAAUCCAAGGAGCGGAGAAAGGGAGAAAAACAUGAUGAAAAAAGAUUAAAUAAAGAACGUAAACUGGAACAGCGACGACUGGAAUUAGAAAUGGCAAAGGAGCUAAAGAAGCCUAAUGAAGAUAUGUGCUUAGCAGACCAGAAGCCUUUGCCAGAGUUGCCUCGCAUCCCAGGCCUUGUUCUCGAUGGAAGCACAUUUUCAGAUUGUCUCAUGGUAGUGCAGUUCCUGCGUAACUUUGGUAAAGUUCUUGGCUUUGAUGUGAAUGUGGAUGUCCCUUCCCUGAGUGUUCUUCAAGAGGGUUUGCUAAACAUAGGGGACAGCAUGGGAGAAGUACAAGACUUGCUUGUAAAGCUUGUCUCUGCAGCUGUUUGUGAUCCAGGACUUGUUACAGGAUACAAGGCUAAAACUAUUCUUGGGGAACACUUAUUAAAUGUUGGUAUCAAUCGAGAUAAUGUGUCUGAGAUUCUGCAGAUAUUCAUGGAGGCUCACUGUGGGCAAACUGAGCUGACAGAAAGCUUGAAGACAAAAGCUUUUCAGGCACAUACUCCAGCUCAGAAAGCAUCAGUACUUGCUUUUCUUGUCAAUGAGUUAGCGUGCAGCAAAAGUGUAGUAAGUGAAAUUGAUAAAAACAUUGAUUAUAUGUCAAACUUAAGGAGAGAUAAAUGGAUGGUUGAAGGCAAACUUCGGAAGCUUAGAAUCAUUCAUGCCAAGAAAACUGGCAAAAGAGAUGCUACAGGAGGUGGUGACGUAGGAGAGGAACAGCACUCUUUGGAAACACCAACACCAGGCCGCAAACGCAGACGAAAGGGGGGGGACAGUGAUUACGAUGAUGACGAUGAUGACGACAGUGAUGAUCAGGCAGAUGAGGAUGAUGAGGAUGAAGAGGACAAAGAAGAUAAAAAAGGAAAGAAGGCAGAAGUUUGUGAGGAUGAGGAUGAUGGGGACCAGACAGCAAGUGUUGAAGAACUAGAGAAGCAGAUUGAAAAACUGACAAAGCAACAAAGCCAGUACAGAAAGAAGUUAUUUGAAGCUUCACACUGUUUGCGUUCAAUGAUGUUUGGUCAAGAUCGUUACAGGCGCCGAUACUGGAUUCUGCCCCAAUGUGGUGGUAUUUUUGUCGAAGGCAUGGAAAGUGGUGAAGGCCUAGAAGAAAUUGCAAAAGAAAAAGAGAAGUUAAAAAAGGUAGAAAGCAUGCAUAUCAAAGAAGAAGAAUUUGAGACAGAAGAAAAAUUACACUGUUUAAAUACAACUCACUGUGAGCAAAAGGAAGAUCUGAAAGAAAAGGACAACACUAAUUUAUUUUUACAAAAGCCUGGGUCAUUUUCAAAACUAAGCAAACUGUUAGAGGUAGCAAAAAUGCCACCUGAAUCUGACAUUAUGUCCCCAAAGCCUAAUGGCAGUGCAGCAAAUGGCUGCACGUUAUCUUAUCCAAGUAACUCAAAAAACUCUCUCUGCAGUCUUCAGUCUACUGUAUCACAAAGCACCAUUGAGAAGUCUGAUUCUAACAAUCUUUUCAGUCCUAAUGCAAGUGGGACAGGAAAGUUUUACAGUUCUCCACUAAUUCCAAAUGAUCAGUUGUUAAAGACUCUUACUGAAAAGAGCAGACAGUGGUUCAGCCUUUUACCGAGAAUACCUUGUGAUGACAUGUCAGUUACCCAUAUAGAUACACCAGCUACUACAACUUCACUUACUCCUCAAUCACAGCCACCAUCAAAGUCUCCUUCACCUGUUCCAUCACCUCUUCUGGGCUCAACCUCUGCACAGAGUCCAAUGGGAUUAAGUCCUUUUGCAUUGUCACCACUGCAGAUGAAGACUGGACUACCUAUAAUGGGACUUCAGUUUUGUGGAUGGCCUACAGGAGUUCUUACUUCAAGUGUUCCAUUUUCAUCUCCUUUACCUGCCCUUGGAUCAGGGUUGGGAUUAUCAGAAGCGAAUGGUAACUCAUUCUUGGCAUCUAGUGUUCCUGCAAGUAAAAGUGAAUCACCAGCCCCACAGACUGAAAAAAUAGCUUCUGCCCCUUCUACAGCAGUUGAAGUAGCCAAGCCAGUAGAUUAUCCUAACCCAAAACCUAUACCAGAAGAAAUGCGGUAUGGGUGGUGGAGGAUUACUGAUCCGGAGGACCUAAAAUCUUUGCUUAAAGUGCUGCAUCUCAGGGGAAUAAGAGAAAAGGCCUUACAAAAGCAAAUACAGAAACACAUGGAUUAUAUCACUCUGGCCUGCAUCAAAAAUAAGGAUGUUGCAAUUAUUGAUAUCAAUGAAAAUGAAGAUAACCAGGUAACUCGAGAUGUUGUGGAAAACUGGUCAGUAGAAGAACAAGCAAUGGAGAUGGAUCUUGCUAUUCUUCAGCAGGUGGAAGAUCUAGAGAGGAGAGUUGCAUCAGCUAGUUUACAAGUUAAGGGUUGGCUGUGUCCUGAACCUGCAUCAGAGAGAGACGACUUGGUGUAUCGUGAACAUAAGUCAAUUACUAGAUUGCACAAGAAGCACGAUGGAGAUUGUGCUGGAGGCGGAGAAGGCAAUACCAGCUCUCUAGAGCGGAAGAGUGACAACCCUCUAGAUAUAGCUGUAACCAGGCUUGCUGACUUGGAGCGGAACAUAGAGCGAAGAACUGAAGAGGAUAUUGCUCCAGGGCUAAGGGUAUGGAGAAGGGCAUUGUCAGAAGCGCGCAGUGCUGCACAGGUAGCUCUGUGCAUUCAGCAGUUACAGAAAUCAAUAGCAUGGGAAAAAUCUAUUAUGAAAGUUUACUGCCAAAUUUGUCGAAAGGGAGAUAAUGAGGAACUGCUGCUCCUUUGUGAUGGUUGCGAUAAAGGCUGUCAUACCUACUGCCACAGGCCCAAGAUCACUACCAUACCAGAUGGUGACUGGUUUUGUCCUGCCUGCAUAGCAAAGGCAAGUGGUCAAACUCUAAAAAUAAAAAAACUUCAAAUCAAAGGGAAAAAAAGUAAUGAACAAAAGAGAAGCAGGAAAUUAGCAGGAGAUACAGAGGAUGAAGACUCUGCAACUACAAGCGCCUCCUUAAAAAGAGGAAAAACAGACCCUAAAAAAAGAAAAAUGGAUGAAAAUGUUUCUGUAAGCCAAUUAAAGCAAGAAAAUUUCACUGCUAUUAAGAAACCUAAAAGAGAUGACUCCAAGGACCUGGCUAUAUGCAGCAUGAUUCUCUCAGAACUGGAAACUCACGAAGAUGCCUGGCCUUUCUUACUUCCUGUAAACUUGAAACUUGUUCCUGGUUAUAAGAAAGUUAUUAAAAAACCUAUGGACUUUUCCACCAUUAGAGACAAGCUAAGUAGUGGACAGUACCCUAAUCUUGAAGCAUUUUCGCUAGAUGUCAGGCUUGUUUUUGACAACUGUGAAACCUUUAAUGAAGAUGAUUCUGACAUAGGCAGGGCUGGCCACAACAUGAGGAAGUAUUUUGAAAAAAAAUGGACAGAGAUUUUCAAAGUGAGCUGAAGUUACCAGAACUCUUUUUUUCUUUUUUUUUUUCCUUUUUUUCGUUUUUCUUUUUCAUUAAAUGAGGACUGAUAAGACCAGCAAUGUGAACUGUAUUUACAUGAAAGUGCAAGGCACAUGCAUAACUAAUGACUGUUUUUUCCUUUAAAAUAUCACAGAGUUGUGAUACUAGUUCUAAAGGCUUCACUCCUACAGCAACCAUGGCCCCUUGGUUAUUGGUUUGUGUGUUUUAACAAACUAAUUUAGGUAGAACAGGGAAGCACACCCAAAGAAUUUCAAAGAAAGGGGUGUUUAUAGUGCAAUAGCAGUUUAAAAUAUAUCAAAACGCACUGAAUAUUCAACCACCAGAGCUCUACUCGGGGAAAUGGUUCUCUUUUCCCUUUCAAUAAAUAUCUAUUUUUCAUUUUUUUACUUUGUAGUUUAUUUUUUAGUGAAUGUAUUUAAUUUUAUGAAUUAUUUAUGAUUAUACAGCAUUCAGAAUCUUCGUUUUCUGUGAAAAGGAAGAAUUAGAAAAUUGCUUUAAAUCUUGAAAAUACAACAAGGAAUGUUUUAAAAUAUAAAACAAAGCCAAGUAAAACUGUUUACACUGAUGUGCUGUAAAAGCACUAAAAAUUAAACUUUACUGUAGAGUUACAAGUACAUUUAUAUAUAUGUUGCUGCAUCACUUGUGUAGUUAAAUUGUAUUUCAAGACAGUGAAGAGAAAUUGAGACAUGUAUAUACUGUUCAUUAUUGUUUAUAUUAAGUCUUGUUUUAAAUAUGUAUGAUGUGUACAUAUUGUUUGCAGACAUUAUUGUUUAUGCCUUAGGAGGACGGUAGCAUUUUAUUUUAGUCUUAAGGUAAUUAUAGCUAUAUGGCUUGUACAGUAAUUAUCCUCUACCAACACUGUGGAGUCUCCUUAAUCUUGGUAGUGCCUGCCUUUAAAACAGGGUGUAGGGGAUAUUAGUUUUCCAUUUUUCUAUUUUGUUAUAUAAUUUCAAGCCACCACGGCCUCAAAUUCAAGUAUAAUCAUUUGUAUCCAUGUGGAAUAAAAUUGUGACAAUUUCCUACGCACACAGUAUUUUUUCAUAGAAACAUUUCCCUCCAUUUGCCUUGCCACAGAAAUAACAAAAAAGACAUUUGUAACCACUGUGUUUUACCUACUGUGUGUUGUGGUGGCCUGUUGGGGCAGAUAGAUCAGAAUUUUUUUUGUACUAAUGUAAAAGUACUUGAAGUUUUAUUUAAAAGAAAUGUUGUGGAAAGGUAGCAUUCUUUUUCUUUUCCUUUUUUAGGAGUGUUAUUUUUCACUAGUAUGUGUGGCACGGAUACAAUAAAAGACUGUUUUGCAAACCA